AUGAAAAUUCAUAAAAUCCCAUGGUUAGGACAUUUCGAUGAUCGCGGGCAUAGAUUAUCCAUUUUCUCUGUUCAUGUACACCCAGAUGGAUCAAGGAUUGCUACUGGUGGAUUAGAUGGCACUGUCCGGAUAUGGUCAACCGAAGCAAUACGUUUAGCGGACGGAAAUGAGGGAUUAGAAGUUCAUAAACAGCUUUGCUGUAUGAGCACGCAUACUGGUACUGUAACUUCUGUUCGUUUUAGUCCUAAUGGACAAUAUCUUGCUUCAGGAAGUGACGAUCGUGUAGUAAUUAUCUGGCACAAGGAAGAUGUAAUCCCUGGUAUCGGUCCUACUUUCGGUUCCAAUGAGACUCAUAUUGAAAAUUGGCGCAGCUAUCGUCGUCUUUUAGGGCAUGACAACGAUAUUCAAGACAUUUGCUGGAGCUACGAUAGUCAGUUAUUCGUUAGUGUUGGCCUUGACAGUUCCAUAAUUGUUUGGAAUGGAACCACGUUCGAGCGUCUCAAAAGAAUUGAAGCACAUCAAAGCCACGUGAAGGGAAUAACUUUCGAUCCAGCUGGGAGGUACUUUGCUACAGAAAGCGAUGAUCGUACAAUCAAAGUUUGGCGUGUAAGUGAUUUUGCACUCGAAAAGACUAUAUCCGAACCGUUCAAUAACUCUCCGCUCUCUACAUAUUUUCGAAGACCUUCAUGGUCUCCAGAUGGAAAACAUAUUGCUGCUUCUAAUGCUAUGAACGGACCCGUAGGAUGUGUUUCGAUCAUUGAAAGAGGAACUUGGACCAGUGAUAUUAAUUUGAUAGGACAUGAAGGACCUGUCGAGGUAACCUCUUUUAAUCCGAAGUUGUUUAAGGACAAUAAUGAGAAGCUCGUUUGCAUUUUGGCUUGUGGUGGACAAGAUCGUUCUUUAAGUAUUUGGACUAGUGCGACGUCGAGACCAAUGCUUAAUUGUCAAAAUGUAUGUCAAAAAAGUAUUGGAGAUGUUUGUUGGUCACCUGAUGGUUUGAGUCUGUAUCUUUGUUCUUAUGAUGGUACACUUCUCGUUUGUACAUUUGAGGAACAUGAACUUGGUCAAAUGGUCAGUGAUGAAGAGAUUGCAAAGACUUUGGCAAAGUAUGGUCACGGUAGACAUGGAAUAGUUCUACCAGAGUCUUCAAAACAACUAUCUCUCGAAGAAUCAGCUGAAAAUGCUAAAUCUAUAUCCAAGAUAAACAAUCAAGAGCCUGCUCCUUUACCCUCAGAAAUUUCGUCAACCCCUCUAAAGAAAAAUGAAAUUGAUAAUCAUAAUACACCGUCAAUCAACGUUGAAACAGUACCCAAGGUAUCGAACCCAUCUCCUAAAAAAGCACCUAAUGUCGAGAAAACUACAGCUGAGACUCCAUUAAAGAACACCCAAAAGAUUACAAUUACAAAAGACGGAAAGAAACGCGUUGCUCCUCAAUUAUUGACAACAUUACAAGCAGUACCUAGUACAUCACGUUUGCCAUCGACUCAACUGCAACAAAGCAGUGCUCCUCAUCUUCCUCCUCAGCAACUUUCUCAUCCUGUAAACUCUAUACCCAAGGGUGGUGUACCGAUUCUAGUAGUCGGGCCUAAACAAAAACCAACGGAAGACCCUAUUACGGGAGAACAGAUUGAAACAGAAGAAAGCAACACAGCUAGCGUUAAUGCAUUUCAGGAUUUUCUUCCGAAUGCUAUAGACAGAAUCACAGCCAUGCCUGCAGGUGAACUCAAAAUUCCUUCCCUGAGAGCUGUUGUGGUAUCAUCGAUAGAUAAUCUUAGUCGGUAUACCUUGGAGGUUAAAAAUGGAAGCAAUGAAAAAAAUCCAUCUCGUAUUGUGGUUUUAGAAAAUGGAAACACAAAAUGGAUGGAUUAUCUGCCACGUCCAGUUUUACUGUCUACUGGUAGCCUACAUUUUUGGGCAGUCGCCUGUGAUGAUGCAUCUCUACAUGUUUAUUCUCUUACGGGAUCAAGACUACUUCCUCCGGUUAUGGUGGAUUCGAAACCAGUAUUUUUAGAGUGCAACAACAAUUUCCUUUUUUGCAUCUGUUCUAACGGAAUGACUCACGCUUGGGAUAUCCCUAAUAAAAAGGCUUUAUUUGGUUCUUGUUCUUUAGCUCCUGCCUUAGAUUCGGCGACUCAACUAAAAAGUGACGAACCUCAUAUAGUACCCCAUAUCAUUUCAGCUAACAUAAGUCGCGAAGGCGUUCCAAGCAUCAGCUUAUCUACAGGACAAACAUUUGUGUAUUCUAGCCUCAUGCUUUCUUGGCAAAGAGUCAGUGAUCCCUGGUGGGCAUUUGGCAGUAAGCACUGGGAUUCCAAUGGAAUAGAAAACAAAGACAGGCCCUUGCGGUUUUAUGAACAACAGACAAAUGACACACUAAUGGAAAUGGGAAGAGGAAAAUUUCUACACAAAAUGGUUGAGGAUUUUACACACGAAGAGGGCUAUGAAGACUUUGAAAGGGUCAUGACGAUAAAUCAUUUGGAACAUAGAAUUUCAGCUGCACGUUUGCUAAAUCUAAGUGAUGAGUUUUUGGAAACUAGUGAAAGCUACUGUAAACUUUUAAUGCAAAGUGGAUGUUGGAGUAAGAUGGAAGAGUUCUUGGACGAAGUUUACGCUGAUACAAAAAUUACAAAUUUACUAUCUGGAAAAGAGCUGGUUGCGAAAAUUCUUGUGGCUCUUCGGCAACUUGUACAAACUGAUGCGGAAUUCGAGCGCGUAAAUAAAACCAUUCAAAAGUACCCUACUUAUUCACUACUUUAA